AUGGACGGCAUCAUCUUGGCAGCUGCCAGUGUCCUACCGAUUCCUACCGUGCCUCCCGGCAUGGUGGGGGAUUCAGAUUCCUCGCGUGGCCUUCGCUUGGCAGUUCAGAGUGGCAGCUUGCAGUCGGUGUUCCUUGGGCAAAGUUGCCAGGCGGAUUCGCAGAUUCCACGCCAGACCUUUGUCACCUGUCGUCACAGCCUGUUGUUUUGCAGCCUCUGGUUUUUGCAGGCGGAAGCCGCCCUUCCCACGGGACGAUGGGUGCAAGUGGCCCUGGUCUUCGAUGCACAGCGCGGUGUGCAGCGGCUUUUUCAGGAGACAUGCAAGCCCUCAAGAUUGGAAAGACUUCGAGAGUCAUCGCAGGAUGGAAAGCUGGCGAAGAUGUGCCAGGUGUCGCGAAUUCCGGCAACGCGGCUUGGUAAGGUGGACUUAUGGCUGGGAAAGGGCGAUGCCGAUCAGAGCGGCUGGCUUGGACAGGCCCGGGAUCUGGAGGUCUUCGCUCACAGCGAAUGCGCAGUCAAUCUACAGGAGUCCUUCAGCGCCGUUGAUGUGGACCGAAACGGGCAAGUCACCAUGGAAGCUUGCACCCAGAACAGCGACGAGUACUUGGCCGGUCUUGGUGCAGUCAGCCUUUCUUUACACGGCACCGAAGCCGCAGCACUUCUGCCGUCCACGAGCAUUCCUUUUCAGGCACCUGAGGCACCUGAGGCACCUGAGGCACCUGAGGCCUUCAGAACCAAGCCGGCGCCACUUGUGACAGAAGUGCCCGCCCGACCCCCGGCUGAGCAUUUGUGGGUUCCAGGCCCUGCAAGUGCUUCCAACAUAAUGCUGGGCACUGCAGACCACAAGCCAGUAAAGCAUGAGCAGGGGCCAGUUGGACCAGCAGGACCAGCAGGACCAGCAGGACUAGUAGGACCUUCCAAGAGCCUUCCACUCCAUCCGCUGAAGCGGGACGCUCCAGCGGCACCUCUUAAUCCCUUUGCAUCGGUGGCUCCGCAGACAACUUCGACGCGACCAACGAAUCCAACGACAACGAAGGCUUUUCUGGCAAAGACCACAGCCAAUCCUCUGAAUCCCUUGAACCAGGAUCCCCCACCCGCACCCCUCAAUCCAUUUGCAUCGCUCGUGUCACCUCUGCGAGUCUCUUCGACUCGACCACUGACCACCACAGCCUCCCUGCUAGCGACGACGGUCGCACCUGUGGCGGCCCGCGAAAGUACAGUGAAGCCGACAGCGAGCCCCGCACCCGCAUCCAGUCAGGCGGUUUUGCCUCCAAGUUUCACGCCUAUCAGGCUUGGAAUCCCUGGAGGCCUGUCGGUAGAUCCACUUAUGCAAGCUGCUUCACACGGUCACUCGACCGUCGGCACCACUGGUACAACUGGCACCACCACCACCACCAGUACCAAGGCUGACACGAAGGGAUUGGAACAAGGCCUGGGUUCCCUGUUCAAGCCUUUUGGCAUGUUUGAGGAACAUGAGGACGGGGAGCUUCACCUACAGGCAUCCAAGUGGCAUCAUUUGGCACUUCUGUCCCUGGCUGCGACGGCGACGUCGGUUUCUAGCCUUGCAGUGGUGUUGUGGCUUCGGCGUGUGCCGCCCUUGUUGAGGCGUGAUAUGUGGGGCACGUGGGAGGGAGGCGAGGGAGGCGAGAUGGUUCGGCUAGUGGUGUGA